GCGUUCUACUCCGUCGCAUGUUUGGUGACGUUUUAACCUCGACGCCAGUCUCAGGGGCUGCGGCCUAGCAAAUUUUAAUUCGUAUAAUAUUUUUUGAACAAAUGUACAAUUUCUUGUACCCGUUUUGAGCGGGGUCACGACCUUAUGAGGCCUUGUUUUAGGGUAGAUGGUGGGAGAGCAGCGUAGCUGAUAGCUGGCUAGCUAACUCUGUAGCUAUCUAAUAACAAGGAACUCGAGUCGAGGAAACUAGGCUUGAAGAAUAAAAAUUGAAAAAUGACAUCUCGGAGGUGGUUCCACCCAAACAUCACGGGCGUGGAGGCGGAGAACCUGCUUCUGACCCGCGGCGUGGACGGCAGCUUCCUGGCCCGACCCAGCAAGAGCAACCCGGGGGACUUCACGCUGUCCGUCAGGCGGAAUGGAGCGGUCACCCACAUUAAGAUCCAGAACACGGGCGACUACUACGACCUGUACGGGGGGGAGAAGUUCGCCACGCUGGCUGAGCUGGUGCAGUACUACAUGGAACACCACGGCCAGCUGAAGGAGAAGAACGGCGACGUCAUCGAGCUGAAGUACCCGCUGAACUGUGCCGACCCCACGUCCGAGAGGUGGUUCCACGGGCACCUGUCGGGCCGCGAGGCGGAGAAGCUGCUGACGGAGAAGGGGAAGAACGGGAGCUUCCUGGUGCGGGAGAGCCAGAGCCACCCGGGCGACUUCGUGCUCUCCGUGCGCACCGGCGACGACAAGACCGACAGCAGCGACAGCAAGCCCAAGGUCACCCACGUCAUGAUCCGCUGCCAGCACGACCUGAAGUACGAUGUGGGCGGGGGGGAGAAGUUCGACUCCCUCACUGACCUGGUGGAGCAUUAUAAGAAGAACCCCAUGGUGGAAACACUGGGGACGGUCUUGCAACUUAAACAGCCGCUGAACACUACGCGCAUCAACGCAGCGGAGAUCGAGAGCCGGGUGCGCGAGCUGAGCAAGCUGGCGGAGGCCACCGACAAGGUCAAGCAGGGCUUCUGGGAGGAGUUUGAGACGCUGCAGCAGCAGGAGUGCAAGCUCCUCUACAGCCGCAAGGAGGGCCAGCGCGCCGAGAACAAGAACAAGAACCGCUACAAGAACAUCCUGCCCUUCGACCACACCCGCGUAGUGCUUAACGACGGGGACCCCAACGAGCCCGGAUCCGACUACAUCAACGCCAAUAUCAUCAUGGUAGGAGCUGACUUCACGCCGGAGGCGGAGCCUAAGUGCAACAGCGCCAAGCUGAGGAAGAGCUACAUCGCCACGCAGGGCUGCCUGCAGAACACCAUCAGCGACUUCUGGAGGAUGGUCUUCCAGGAGAACUCCCGCGUCAUCGUCAUGACCACCAAGGAGGUGGAGCGGGGAAAGAGCAAAUGUGUGAAGUACUGGCCGGACAUGUCGGCGCUGAAGGAGUACGGCGCCAUGCGCGUGCGUAACGUCAAGGAGACGUCCGCUCAUGACUACAUCCUGCGGGAGCUCAAGCUGUCCAAAGUGGGCCAGGGCAGCACGGAGCGCACGGUCUGGCAGUACCACUUCCGCGCCUGGCCGGACCACGGCGUGCCCGCCGACCCCGGCGGCGUGCUGGACUUCCUGGAGGAGGUCAACCUGAAGCAGGAGAGCAUCCUGGAGGCGGGGCCCAUCGUGGUCCACUGCAGUGCCGGGAUUGGUCGAACGGGGACGUUUAUCGUGAUUGACAUCCUUAUCGAUGUGAUCAGAGAGAAAGGGGUGGACUGUGACAUCGACGUGCCCAAGACCAUCCAGAUGGUGCGGUCGCAGCGGUCGGGGAUGGUGCAGACCGAGGCGCAGUACCGCUUCAUCUACAUGGCUGUUCAGCACUACAUCGAGACGCUCCAGCGGCGGAUCGAGGAGGAGCAGAAGAGCAAAAUCAAGGGGCGGGAGUACACCAACAUCAAAUACUCUCUGUCGGACCUGACCGCGGGAGACCAGACCCCUUUGACCCCCUGUACCCCGACCCCGACCUGUGCAGAUGUGAGGGAGGAGAGCUCUCGGGUGUACGAGAACGUGGGCCUGAUGCAGCAACAGAAGAGUUACAGAUGAGACUCGCCCUCCUGCUGAAGUCGGAGGAGGCUGUUGGUUUGAGUUUGUUAAACUGCGGCUGAGUGCCUGAGACCUGAUCAUGACCAAACUGAGAAACACAGACUGAGCCCUGAAGGCUCCAACCCCCCCUCCCCCCCCCCCCUUUCUUUUUCUUCCUCCACGUAACGCAGUUUGUCUUUUAACCCCCUCCCCCACGCCCCCGUCCCCCGCCCCGUCGUCGAAAAAAAAAACCACUGUGACACCAUCAUGGAGCCUUAUCCUGAGAAUCAACAUGGACACCCACUUUAGUUGACCCUGAAUAUUUCCUGCCCCCCCCCCACCCAGAACAACCUAUCAGACGACUAUGAAACUGGGAGGGGGGGGGGGGGGUCCUGUUUUCAUCUGGCAUGCGUGGAGGAAAAACUAUUUUGCCUCUUAAGUUUUCUUUUCCCUGGUUCUAACAUGUAUUUGUUUCUUUGUGUUUUUUUGUCUCAUUUUGUUGUCUUUUCUUUUCUGCCAAAGGAUGACGCAGUGUAGUCAGCAGUGCGAGGCGUUUUCAGGACAAAAGCCUGUGCCAAAAAAAAAACACUUUUCUCCCCACCUUUUCAGCAGCCUUUCUCUGCCUUGUCUGAAGACGCAAAGGGACCCUUUUUAGUAUUAAAGGGAUUUUGUUAACGUUUGUAUGUAUACGCUUGUCCUCCAUGUAGUACUUUAUUUUUUAUUUUUUUCUCUCGUUCAGCUUCCUGGUCCUGAAUGCGGCAUUCUGGGUAAACGGCAGUUUAGUUUUGGCACAGGCUGAUGGGAUACGGCCGUC